UAUUUUUUUUCCAGAGUUCCCAGUUGUCUUGGAAGCACCAACAGUCAUGUGCUGAUAUUUUAUUAUACACCAACAUUCUGCUGUUGUUGACAGUCACUCACUCUCCUCACCUUCCUCUCCCCCUGUAGAAAAUGGAGACUCGCUUCACCAGGGGCAAGUCUGCGAUUCUAGAGCAUUCGCUCGCCAGACUCUUCUCUGAAAUGGUGCAGUACUGCCAGAGUCAGGUGUACUCUGCGUCGGGUGUACUCUGCGUCGGGUGUACUCUGCGUCGGGUGUACUCUGCGUCGGGUGUACUCUGCGUCAGGUGUACUCAUCGUCAGGUGUACUCUGCGUCAGGUGUACUCAUCGUCAGGUGUACUCUGCGUCGGGUGUACUCUGCGUCGGCUGUGUACUCUGAGUCGGGUGUACUCUGAGCUGCAGGCACGCUUGGCAGACUUCGGUCAAGGCGUGGGGGCCAGCCUGCUGGAUGUGCUGGAUGUGCUGGUUUUGAGAGAAGAAUGGCAAAGGGAAACCAAAGUGUUGAACAUACUGCUCUUCAUCAAGGCAUGACCAAGAGAACUUUGCACAUUGUGUGUGAUUCACAUACUAGACUUUUUCAUUAGUGUAAUAACAACCAAUGUAUGACAUUAUACUGACAUUCACAUAACAUUAGGCUAUAACGUAAUACAAAUAUAGCCUAGGUAUGAAUGGCUCUUGGCUGUAGCAGCGACUUGACCUCCACUUCAACAGACCUGACCUCAGACAUAAGCAUAAACACAAACAAACCUUCACCUUUCUCUGCCUUCCGUUACCCCUCGGUUCCCCAGGUGUCGGUGUGGAGGGCCCUGUUCGGCAAGGACAAGCUGGAGCAGGCCAACGACUACGACAAGAUUUACUAUAUCAUUGAGAAAGAGCCCCUGAUCAACGCCUUCACCUCGGUGCCCAAAGAAAACAGCACGCUCAACUGUGCCGCUUUCACCGGGGGCGCGGUGGAGGCCAUUCUCACACACAGCGGCUUCUCCGCCAAGGUCACGGUGCACCGGCACAAGUGCACCACUCUCAUGAUCAAGUUUGAUGAGGCCGUCAUCGCCCGAGGCAAGGCACUGGAGGGAAGGAAGCUAGUUGAAAGUACAGUAUUCAUUCAUUCAUUCAAAGGACCUACUCUAGAGGCAGAUGAAAGGGAGGAGUAACAGUAUGGACAGAGAGGAGUGUGGAUUGAGCAGCUCAGUGAUGUGCUAGUAGUUCACUGGUGAAAAAACAGAAAUGGUCACAAAUGAAUGCACUUCAUCCUGGACUGGUUGUUCAGCAAGAUGUCAAAUGGAAUCCCCUGAUUGAACAGAAUAAUAUAGCACUGUACAAUGAUAUGCACUUCAGUCUUUAUUGUAAUAUCUAAUGGGUGGGAUAUUUUACAAUGCUCCCCAUUUAGACAUGACACAUCAUAGUGUCAUUGUAAGUAUACAUGUGGCUGCUUUAAUGUCCACAACUUAUUUGGUGCUUGUAUAUUGCUUUGUCAAAAUUGAAAUAAAUACUUUAAUACCUGAAAUAACACCUUUGUAUUUCAUUGAAAUGGCCAAGAAGUGUAAUGUUUAAAUGUGCCAUAUGGACCAGAAAUUCCAUGAGAAUAAAUAACCGUGUCAAUAACAUAGGUCUCAGGUUAUACACAAUUAGAUGUUGUGCUUGGUACGUGUUUUACUAUCGUCUGAAAUGAAAUGUUGGCCAGAGGCUGCAAAGAGACGGUGAAGUUGAAGAGGGAGAAAGACGAGUCAGAGAGAUCGACCUGGAGAAGAGUCCCCCCUAAGCAAGCUGGUCCUGGGGCUCUCUUCACAAACACAAACAGAGCCACAGGGCAGCAACACAAUUAGACCCAAACAAAUCAUGAGAAA